AUGAAUCCUCAGGGGCCCCUGGGGGACCUGCAGGAGAAGGAUGAGGAGCGCCUCACCAGCGGGAUUCUCGGGCCCUCGGUCAACUCCGACUUCAUGCAGGAGCGGAUCCAGGCGCGGCGGCUCCGCAUCGCGGCGCGCCUGGAAGCCCGGCGGCGAGAAGCCCUUGGCGAAUACUUAGAUGGGAAGAAGGAGAGUGAGGAAGAGCAGAGCAGGAGCUAUAAACAGAAAGAAGAGAGCCGACUGAAAUUGGCCAAACUGCUGCUCUGUGGCACCGAGCUGGUCACCAACAUCCAGGUGGUGACGGACAUCAAGGAGAUCCACCGGAGAGCUGAAGAAGAGGAGACGAAGCGCCAGAGGCUCGAGAGGCUGGAGAAUGAGAUGAAGACGAGUCAGGACAAGUUCGACGAGAUCACCACGAACUGGGAGAGUGGCAAGAAGAAGCGGAUUCCACAGGACCUGUGGGCGGUGCUGAACGACCAGCAGGUGAACUGUGCCAGCCUCAUCGAGGAGAAGAACAAGCUCAUCCUCGAGCUGCACCAGGAGUUGAAAAUGAAGGAUGACCAGUACGUGAAGGACCUGAAGAAGCAGUCAGAUGACAUUUGCCUGCUGCUGGAGAGGAUGGAAGAGCAGGUGAAGUCUGUCACGAAGAGCUUCCGCCAGGAGCUUCUCAACAUCGAGAAAGCGUUUGAAAUGGAACGACAGGAGCUCCUGGCCAGUAAUAAGAAGAAAUGGGAGCGGGCUCUGCAAAAUCACAAUGCCAAGGAGCUGGAGUAUCUCAUGAACCGCAUCCAGAAAGUGGAGGAGCACGAGCGCCUGCUCAACAAGCAGCGGGUCUGGGACUGGGAGGAGUACAACACCAUCAAGAUCAAGCUGGAGCAGGACGUGCAGGUCCUUGAGCAGCAGCUGCAGCUGAUGAAAGCCACUUACCAGCUAAACCAAGAGAAGCUCGAGUACAACUUCCAGGUGCUCAAGAAGAGAGACGAAGAGAGCACGGUGAUUAAGUCCCAGCAGAAGCGGAAGCUCAAUCGCCUGCACGACUCCCUGAACAGCCAGCGACAGAAGUACAACCGGCUGGUGAAGCAGUCGGACACAGAGAACCGGACGCUGACCUCGGACUACAAGCGGCUGGUGCUGCAGUUUAAGGAGCUGCAGAAAGCCCUGAGGCACUUUGCGUUCGUGGAUGAGGACAACUUCCGGGAGAUUUGGCUGAUGAAUGAGGAGGAGGCGAAGGGCCUGAUCAGCAAAGCCUUUGACGUCGCCCGCAUCAUCCAUACCCAUCACCUGGGGCUCCCCUGGACCACCCCCGACUUCUGGUUUCUGAAGAACGUGGGGCCCAUCUCCCGGCAGCCACAGAAGUCGGCCACGCAGAUCCUGGAGGAGGUGCUGAGGCAAACAGAAGAGGAGGAGCAAGAAGGCUCCUCGGAAGGGGACAGCUACCUGGAGCUGCCGAAGCAAGUGUCCGCCAGGACCACCAAAAAGAUACUGAUGCUCCUGUGUGAUGAGUCGGGCUUCCUCAUAGAGGCCAAGCUGCUGAGCCUCCUCCUCCCGCUGGAGCAGACCGAGUGCUACCUGCUGAGGCUGGACGCCAUCUUCUCCGCCCUGGGCAUCGAAAGUGAGGAGGACCUGUAUAAACUGGUCAACUUCUUCAUCAGAUACAAGAUCCAUCAUUCCAUCAGCAUCCAGCGCUCCUCCCAGGUCCUGUCCCUCAGUGAGGGCCGCCUCAGCGAGAGCCUGACGUCAGAGGAAGAUCAGGAGGGGGAGCAGGAGCAGCGGAGCCUUGUGGGAGGAGGGGAGCCGCAGGAGGAGCACGAGGAGGAGAAGAAGGAGGAGCCCCCCAGCCCCACUUCUCCCUGGCUUAUCCACCCCAACGAUGUCCUCAAGAUUCUGAGGGCCUUUGUGAUGGGUAUGAAGGAGCCCAGGGACAUACAGGCCCCAGUGAGGAAGUAUGAACGUGACAGCACCAAGGACUCUGAGUACUGGAACGCCCUGGCCACUGUCAUCCCGGACAGCACGCAGAGGCUCUGGGACGCCCUGUACAUGGCCUUGGAGAAGUAUCACCGCAUCCUGACACAGCGGUUCCAACUGCUGCAGGAGAACCAGGGCAUGGAGCUGCAGAACUCGGAGCUGCAGGCGCUGCUGCAGCAUUAUCUGAGCGCCAAGAUCAACUUUGAGCUGCAGGUUCCCCCGACUCAGGUGUUGGGAAACCCUCAACAUAGCGCCGGGUAG